GUCCAGCUCCUCUGAAGUCCAUCCACUGCUUCCCCGUCUCGUCCUCCUCCCUCUCUUGCUCGUGGACUCCUCCUCUCGCUGACUUCGACUCCUACGAGGUCGAGUGUCGCCGCCAUGACAACGGGAAGCUGACCUCGGCCCUGCGGUUGGCGGGGGGCGUCACCGCGGUAACGCUGGACCACUUGGAGGCCUACAGGAAAUACUCUGUGACAGUCAGAGCGUCAUCAGCCGGCCAGACGAGCCCGCCUGCAACACACACCACUGUUACCAUGAUCGACCGUCCGCCGGUCCCGCCCACGAGCGUGCGUGUCAGCGAGAAGUCAUCGAAGGUCACGCCGUCCUCCAUCUUGUUCCGUUUCAACUGCUCCUGGUUCAGCGACGCUAACGGAGCCGUCCGAUACUUCGCUGUCAUCGUAGCCGAGUCUGACGCCAACGAGCUUCUGCAGCCGGAGCAGCGCCACCCGCUGCCUUCGUACCGCGACUACAUCAACAACUCCUCCGUCAGAGCUUAUCAAACCGCCUACUUCCCCAGCCGCUGCCCGCAGGACUCCGACUCCUCUGCUGCUCAGGUGGUGGAGGUGAACCUGGGGGUGGGAGGCGACCGUCUGGGCGGGGCUUGUGAUCAUCACCAUGACGACGACUUCUACCUGAGUGACAGCUACGGUGACUUCUGUGACGGACCGCUGAAAGCCAAAACGUCCUACAGGCUGAGUAUUCGGGCGUUCACCAAACUGCUUGACGAAAACAACAAAGAGUUUCCACAGCCGCUCUUCACUGACACGUACCUGUCGACAUCACUCAGGACGCAUGCAGAGCCUCUAGGGGGCGUAGUGGAGGGUUUGAGCGCUGGGAUGUUCCUCAUCGGUAUGAUGGUGGCCGUCGUCUCGCUGCUGGUUUACAGACAACGGCUACGCAAAGUAAAUAUGGCGGUGCAACAUGGCGGCCUCCAUGGCAGAGGACCCCCAUCUCCUAUAGACACACACGGCUCAUUCUACGGAAAUGAAAACACAACUAUUCUUAAUUUCAGGGCUGUGCAGGAGAACCCGGUGGUGAGGAUGAAUAUGUGGAAAGAAGUGCCGACUUCAGGGAUUUAUAUGGGUGUCAGGAGCAACCGUCGAGUCACCAGUCCUAUCAAAGCCUGUAACUUUGAGUCCCAUCUGAACAAACUUCAGGCCGACUCCAACUACCUGCUGUCUGAGGAGUUUGAGGAUCUGAAGGACGUGGGACGCAACCAGACGAUGGACGUGGCCCGGCUGCCCGAGAACCGAGGGAAGAACCGCUACAACAACAUCCUGCCAUAUGAUUCAAUCAGAGUGAAGCUGUCGUACCUGGAAGACGACCCCUGCUCCGAUUACAUCAACGCCAGCUAUAUACCUGGUAAUAACUACCGCAGGGAGUACAUCGCCACUCAGGGCCCACUGCCCGGCACCAAGGACGACUUCUGGAGGAUGGUGUGGGAGCACGGCGUCUACAACAUCGUCAUGGUUACACAGUGCGUUGAGAAAGGACGGGUGAAGUGUGAUCAGUACUGGCCUGCAGACAGAGAGCCGCUCUACUACGGUGACCUCGUCAUUCAGAUGCUGUCGGAGUCCGUCCUGCCUGAGUGGACCAUCCGAGAGUUCAAGAUCACCUCGGAAAGCGGCUGUAAUUACCCUCGGGUCCUUCGUCAUUUCCACUACACGGUGUGGCCCGAUCACGGAGUCCCAGAGAGCACGCAGUCACUGAUCCAGUUCGUCAGGACGGUCCGAGACUACGUGGACCGAUCCCCCGGCACCGGAGCCACUGUCAUCCACUGCAGUGCCGGCGUCGGACGCACCGGGACGUUCAUCGCUCUGGAUCGAGUUCUGCAGCAGGUCGACUCGAAAGGAACCGUCGACCUGUACGGCUGCGUGUUCGACCAGCGCCUGCACCGCCAGCACAUGGUCCAGACCGAGUGCCAGUACGCCUUCCUGCAUCAGUGUGUGCGUGACGUGCUGAGAGCCAGAAAACAUCGUAGCGAACAGGAGAAUCCUCUUUACCCCAUCUACGAAAACUUCAACCCAGAGUACUACCGUGAUUUCAUCUACACCGGACGCUAAACAUACAGUGACAUCAUGGAUUCAAGAGAGAAGAAACUCAUUAAAAAUGGAUUAAAUCUGCAUUAAUAGAGAACGAUAGCUACACACCAGGAAUACAAUUAAUUAAAAAAGGGAAAAUCAGUCGUUUAAAAUUGAUCAAGAAAACAUACAAAUGAAAUGAAAGUCACUGGUUAAGAAAAAAUACUUAAAUUACUGCUCAAUUUUAUUUAUACUCUAGUUUUACACUCAGUAUAAACUAAGGCUGCUCAAUUAAUCGAAAUUUGAUCGUGAUUACGAUUUUAGGGACCAAACGAUUUCAAAACUAAUAAAAAUCAGGUUUCCUUCCUUUCCGUCCUCUUUUCCUUCCUCCCUCCCUUCUUACUCCUUUCUUUCCUUCCUUCCUUCCUUCCUUCCUCCCACCCUUCCUCCCUCCUGACUCCUUUCCUUCCUUCCUUCCUCUUUUCCUCCUUUCCUUCCUUCCUCUUUUCCUCC